AUGUUCAUGGAAGAUGAUAUUUCGUGGAAACAGACCGUAGAGCGAAAAUUACAAAGCAUCGAGGCCAAUUUUGCAACUCUCAUCACGAGCCAUUCCGCCAGCAGCCCCGUCCUACAAAGACCAGAGAAUGUAUUGGCAGUAAGCGAGACUACCCCCGAAGGCUACGAAUACACUGCCUCGUGCACAGCGACUACCGAAGCCACCCGCUGGAGGCUGGUAAUAGACCUUGAAUCAAGUCCGAGUAGCCUCCCAGGCCUCUGUUUCGAUCCCGCUGCCCAUUUACGCCCGAACUCUUUCCCCGAUAUGAUAUCUCGUGGCAUUAUUACUCUUGAAAACGCCCGAAAGUACCAAGCCGUGUACCAGGAUCGACUUGAUCACUUCUUAUACGGUGUUCUGGGAAACCACAGCGAUGCCACAUUCGAGCACCUCCAGCAGGUAUCUCCCAUCCUGAGCACAGUCGUUUGUGCGGUCGGCGCACUCCAUGCGGCGUCGACCGACUACGAGACGCUACGCGCCGAAUUCGUUACCCUGAGUGGUGCCCUAACGUUCUCAAGGAGAAAUAAUAUCGACGAUGUCCGAGCACUCUGCAUAGGUGCUUUCUGGAUAAGCGAUCUUUCUUCUUCACUGGUUACCAUGGCGGUCCGCAUUGCCACGGAGCUGCAACUACAUAGAAGUUUUGCGAAGGCUCUCCAGGGUGACCGUGAGAGUUACCUCCGCGCACGAUUGCACUAUCUAGUAUACGCCUGUGACCAUCACCUCUCAAUACCCUACGGCCGACCCCCUCUUACCCGAGAAUGCGAGGCCGUGCAGAACGUGCGCGACUUCCUCGAUUGCAGGCAUGCCAAUCAUGAUGAUGCGAGGCUGGUGAGUCACGUCUUACGCUGGAGAGUCUGGACGGAGAUCUUUGAUACCCUGGGACCGAACGUUGACCGGCCUCUUUCUGAUGUUGAGAUACUGCUGGUGAGACGGUUCGGCAACGCUCUCGACAGCCUCCGAGUGGAGUGGACGGAUAAGCUUGGUCCAGAUAUCCACGUUGGUAAUUACCCAUGGAAAGGCGUGGGCAUGCAGCAUCAUUUCGCCAAAUUGUACCUCUAUUCCCACGUUUUUCGGGGUCACGGCUCUGGCCAAGCCCAGCACAGAGUUUGCAACAUGGAGGUAGAGGUGUAUGAAUUAGCCAGUUCGGCUGUUCUAUCCGCCAUGUGCAUAUUGCGGACUGUGACUUCAGACCCCGAGAUGCAGUCCUACCUCAAUGGGCUGCCGACUUAUUUCCACGUCAUGAUAGCUUUCGCCGUCGUGUUCUUGCUCAAGGUUUCGACACGGUUCUGUACCUUUUGGGGGAUGGACACCCACGAGCUGAAGAGUCUGAUAACUAAGUUGAUUACCGUGCUGCAAGAAGUGUCGAGAACGAUGCAUUCGCAGCAUCUCCUGGUCACCAUUACAGAAUGCGCCAGAGAUGCCCUACAACGAAGCUACCCCGUAGAUGUUCUCGCAACGGGGGGUGGCUUGGACACCCUCGCCCAGGUCUCACAUGACGACGGAAUGAAUCACAACGACAUGUUUGAAAAUGGGACUGUGGGCCAAUUCUUUAACGAUUUGAAGAUGGUCAAGCAGACCGACUGUGGAUUUUCGGGCAGCAACCAGUCAGUAAUCACCGUGACUCGGAGCACGCCCGGUGAGGGAAAGGAGGUAAGUCCCAUCCGGGAUCGCCUUAGUGCUGCCGCCGCCGCCAAGAUCAACGCCCAGAUCCAGGCAAAGAAGGGCAUCCAGCAUGUCGACGUCCCGCCCAUCCGGUCGACCUCGACCGACUCGCCCGGCCCCAGCGCCUCGGGCGAGGCCGCCAACAUCAACGGCGAGAUGUACGUCGCCGAUGGCGACUACAUCAAGGACAUCGAGGUCAACGACUUGCGCAACCGAUAUCUCCUCACCAAGGGAUCGACUCAGAAGAUGAUUAAAGAAGAAACCGGUGCCGAUGUCACGACCCGCGGAAGCUACUAUCCCGACAAGAGCAUGGCCACGGCUGCGAACCCCCCGCUAUACCUCCAUGUCACGAGCACCUCGAAGCUCGGACUUGAACAGGCUGUCGCCAAGAUUGAGGAGAUGAUGAAGCAGGAACUGCCCAACCUUGUCGACGAACGACGAUUCAAGCGCCGAGACCAGGAGCAAGUUGAGAGGGACGAGUUCGGGCGACGAAAGUGGCCCGAGGCCAGAAUCCCCAUUAGCUUGGAGCCCGUUCAGGGCUUCAACCUGCGUGCCCAGGUGGUAGGACACGGCGGUUCUUACGUGAAGCACAUUCAGCAGGAAACAGGAUGUCGCGUUCAGAUUAAAGGUCGCGGUUCCGGCUAUCUCGAGGCAUCGACCAACCGCGAGAGCGAUGAUGAUAUGUACCUGCACGUAGCAGGACCCGAUCCGAACAUGGUCGAAAAGGCGCAGCAGCUUUGUGAGGACCUUCUCGGGAGUGUCAAGGAACAGUACGAGGAAUUCAAGGCCCGACCUCCGCGACAGUCGUAUGGAGGCCAUGGUGGACACGGCGGCUAUGGCGGCCACCACGACCGCCACAACAGAGACGACAGAUCCGGCAGCGGCCAAGGAUACGGAGGCUACGGCAGCGGUUACAGCAACUCUCCUGCCCCUGGCGCCAACUCUGCCUCGCCUGCCCCUGGUGCUGGUAGCCCGGCUAAUGCUAAUGAUCAGUAUGCUCAGGCUUACGCACAGUACUACGGCGGCCAGGAUCCCUAUGCCGCAUACGGAGGCUAUGCAGCGUAUAUGCAGUACUACCAGCAGUACUACGCUGCUGCCCAGGCGCAGCAAGGGUCACCGGCGCCCCCGGGAGCCUCGGCAGGCUCGCCUCCUCCACCGCCGCCGAGCGAGGCCCCCCCGCCGCCUCCUCCCGGUGGUGCUGCACAUCCGCCUCCGCCUCCAUCUGGCUCGCCCCCUGGCGCAGCCGGUGGGUACGGUGCUGUUCCGCCCCCUCCCGGUCUCUGA